AUGGAGCCACUUCUUGAAUCGAAGGCCGGUCCUUCCGACCCAUGGCGGGCGCUGGACCAACAAGAACGAGAAGCUUCGAGGUGGCAACGGCAGAGGAGAGUAUGGACAAAGCUUGCGAGCUUCGCUUUGGCUAUGGCUCUUGGAUGGACGAUAUUCGUGCAUUUUUGUGGACAUUGGAGGGAUACUGGACGGUCUUGGAGGUUGGACUGGGGCCAGCAUGACAGCGGCGAGAGCUUGGAGAAAGGAAAGGGUAGUCAGUACUUGCUGGGUGUGGGAAAGGCGGAUAUUACUGGACCUGUAGUUGAGAUCAACAUGAUGGGUUACGCGGACACCAAACAGGUUGGAUCAGGGCUCCGUCAGCGACUCUACUCUCGAGCAUUCAUCGUUGGAGAUGUGGAGCGUCCGGAAGACAGAUUCGUGUAUCUUGUCUUGGAUACACAAUCUGGGGACACGGCAGUCAGAUAUGGCAUUCUAGAAGGAUUGUCGAAACUGGGCUCGGACUUUGCGGUCUAUGGGCAGCACAACGUUGCUGUCACAGGCACACAUUCGCAUUCUGGACCAGGAGCCUGGUUGAAUUAUCUUUUGCCUCAGAUAACUAGCAAAGGCUUUGACAAGCAAAGCUAUAGAGCUAUCGUGGAUGGUGCUAUUCUUUCCAUACAGAGAGCUCAUACGAGUUUGCAACCAGGAUACCUGACCGUUGGGUCGACGAAAGUAUUUGGUGCCAAUAUCAACAGAAGUCUCUACGCCUAUUUAGCCAACCCGGAGGAGGAGAGAGUCAAGUACAAUGAAAGCACAGAAGACGAUGGUUCUGUCGAGAAGACUUUAACUCUUCUCAAGUUCCAGCGUGCCUCUGAUGGGAGGAAUACUGGUGUGCUCACUUGGUUCCCGACACAUGGCACUUCGAUGCUUGGGAAUAACACCUUGAUAUCAGGGGAUAAUAAGGGUAUUGCAGCUGAUUUGUUUGAGAAGAGCUUCUCAGCCGACGACAACGUUGCAGAAGGCUUCGUGGCUGGCUUUUCCCAGGCAAAUGUUGGAGAUACCAGUCCUAACGUCCUAGGAGCUUGGUGUGAGGACGGCACUGGUGCGGAGUGCAGCUUUAAAAACAGCACUUGCAGUGAUGGCAAAAGCCAGUUCUGCCAUGCUCGCGGUCCGUUUUUCCGAGAACAGGAUAAUGGUGCUGCAUCCUGUUACGAAGUUGGCAAGAGACAAUACGAGCCUGCAAGAGCCCUGUACGACCAUCUCGACAUAGAGGGAACGCCAAUAACAGGCUCCUCUGUCAAGUCAUUUCACACUUUCCAGGACAUGACGAACUUCACCUUCCCUUUAGCUAAUGGGAGCUACGUUCAUACUUGUCCAGCUGCUCUGGGAUACUCGUUUGCAGCGGGUACUUCAGAUGGACCAGGUGCUUUUGACUUUACUCAAAACGAUCCUGGGGCUCCUAACGCUUCUCCUGUAUGGAGAGUUGUAUCAGGUUUCAUUAAGGAGCCUACCAAAGCUCAAAAGCGCUGUCACUACCCCAAGCCUAUACUACUGGACGUGGGAGAAAUCAGCUCUCCAUACCUCUGGACACCCAAUAUAGUCGAUGUCCAAGUCCUGCGAGUCGGCCAACUAGUAAUCAUAGUUAGCCCCGGCGAGGCCACCACGAUGGCCGGCCGACGCUGGAAAGAAGCUAUUCACGAUUCAGCCUCCUCCCUCGCACUUUCCGGCUCCCCAUCAGUUGAUCCAGUCGUGGUUAUUGGAGGCCCAGCAAACAGCUAUACGCAUUACAUUGCCACAAUGGAAGAAUACGGUAUCCAGCGCUACGAAGGUGCGUCGACGCUUUAUGGUCCAUAUACACUCAACGCAUACAUCAACCUGACCCUCCAAUACCUUCCCUACCUGAGCUCAACUUCCACCACCCGCCCACUCCCUGGCCCCUCACCACCAGACAACGUCAAUCGCUCCCUCUCUUUCAUCACCGGUGUUGUCUUCGAUGGCACCCCUAUAUUCAAGCAAUUCGGAGAUGUGAAAACAGCCGUACGACCCGCAUAUUCCAUCGGCGACAUCGUAUCCGUCACCUUCGUCGGUGCAAAUCCCCGCAAUUCUCUCCGUCUCGAGCAAACCUAUGCUGCGAUAGAGAAGUUUGAUGCCGCGACCAGUCGAUGGGUGAGAGUACGAGAUGACAGUGAUUGGAGUUUGAUUUUCAAUUGGAAGCGUACGAGUAGUGUGUUGGGAACGAGUGAGGUUGAGAUUGUGUGGGAGACAGAGGACUGGGCGAGUCCUGGACAGUAUAGGAUUCGGUAUUAUGGGGAUUCCAAGGCGGUUGGGAGUAAGAUUACGGCGUUUGAGGGUACGAGUGGGGAGUUUGUUUUGACUUGA